UCCGGAGGGGGCGGGCCUAAGGGGCGGGUCCUGUGCGGGCUGUGGCGCUGGGCCGAGUGGGCUGCGGGGAUGCGGGGCACGAGCUGCGUGGGUGGCGGCGGCGACAGCCCGGGUGGCGCGGGGCUGAGCGAAGGCCCGCGGGGCCGCUGGCUGCGCCUGGCUCCGGUCUGCGCCUACUUUCUCUGCGUCUCGUUGGCUGCCGUGCUGCUCGCUGUCUAUUACGGUCUCAUCUGGGUUCCCACGCGGCCCCCUGCGGCCCCAGCCGGCCCGCCGCCCAGCGCGCAGUCCUCUCCCUGCGGCGCCCGCGCGGGUGCUCUGCCUGCCUCGGUGCCCGCCGCUGCCUCGGUCUCUUGUCUCCUGGGAGCCCCUGGCGGGCCGCGACCCCACCUCGAGCUGCCGCACAGCCGCCGCCGCCGCCGCCGCCGCCACAGCGACCCCAGCCGCCGCCCGAGCCGCCAGACGCCGGGGGAGACGCCGGAGGCCGCGGGGGGCGAGGACUCGGGUAACCCUCCUUUUCACCCAAGAUGGACCGCCGGCCCUCGAGAGCCCGGCGCCCCCGCCGCGGAUGCGCCGUUCCCGGAUUGGGGUCUGGCUCCCUCUUCAUGACAUCGUCUAGCGUCUCCGGAGCCGUCAUCCUGAAGAAUGGGGGGCGAAGAGGGGCUGGCUCUGGGCCUCGCCCCUCGCAGCUUCUCCGCCGUCAGGCCGGUCCUCCACCAUCUGGCCGACCGCAUACAGAUCUCUGCCUCGUGACCCUCUCUCUUUAGGAUUCUGAGUACAGAGUCUUCAGCCCGCCCCCCUUCUCCCUGAAUCUCCGUAUCCAUCUUCCACCUGCAAUAAACUCAGCCCCAGCUGC